AUGGCAGCGAUCAAUGACUCGGACGCGGAGCGCUACCAGAAGUGGUACGAUCCAGACCUUGAAGAAGUCAACCCGCAGAUCAGACACCUGCUGGAGACGUAUUCGAAUAUCCGGCCAGCAGAUGUAGUGAGCCAUGUCAACAAAAUUCGUGCGCGAGGCUUCGCUGCCAACCCCUAUCCGUGCAUCGGCAACUAUCGUUUCCUGAAUCUCACUCUGCUCACUCAUCCACUCUACAAGUCGAUUAUCUCGAAGUUGCAAUCCAACUCAUUCGCAAUCUAUUUAGAUCUGGGCUGCUGUUUUGGUCAGGAUUUGCGCCAGCUCGUUCUCGACGGAGUGCCCUCAUCACAGCUUGUCGGGCUUGACAUUGAAGGCCCAUUGAUGGACUUGGGUUACGAACUGUUUCGUGAUCGUGGAACUGUAGAGAGCAAGUUCGUGGUUGUCGACAUCUUUCAGGGGGAGGCACAGGGGGAACCCUGGACAGAAUUGGUCGCCAAGGGAGCCGAUGUAGUGCACUGCUCUGCAUUCUUCCAUCUCUUUCCACUUGCACUACAAGUUGAUGCCGCGAAGGUCAUUUCACGAGUAGUCAGGAAAGGCGGUAUCAUUGUGGGAAGACAGAGUGGCAGUGUCAAGCCCGCAGAAGUCCCAGCUAUCAAAGCCGGGACUACAAGCUUCAGGCAUGAUCUGAACACUCUGGCUGAGAUGUGGGAGAACGUUGGGAUGGAAACAGGCACCAAAUGGAAGGUAGACGGCUCUCUGGAUGAGGUUGGACUUCAAACCAAAAUCAAGAACGCGGUCGAAGAUGAGAAUUCUCGGAGGUUGUUAUUUACCAUCACGCGCGUGGAGUGA